AUGGCCGCGGACGUGGUUCAGUACACUCGAUUGAUACAGAGAUGUCAAAGGCGGCAAUGGCACACGGCCCUACAACUCUAUUCGGACAUGGCAACUCGAGGAAUCAAAGCGGAUUCGGUUUGUUGUAAUGAGGCAGUUCGUUCCUGCCAGGAAGCAGCAUGGCAGUUGGCCUUGGGGCUUUUCCGCAGAAUCGGACAAGCAAAGGACUACUUCAGUCAAACAAUCACCCUUGGCAUCUACAGAAAAGCUCAGCAAUGGCGUCAUUGCCUAUCGUUUUUCCAGCAGAUGUUCGAAUCACGCCCACUGCCAGAUGUGAUUGGCUUCACUUCGGUGAUCAAUGCUUGUGAGCAUGUAGAUCUGCAUGUAGAUGGAUGGAACAUUGCCUUGCACUUCCUCUCGGCAAUGCCUACCUUGAGGAUCCCAAUGGAUGUCCUUGUUUACAACUCGGUAAUGACUUCCUGUACAAGAGGGGCACAAUGGCAACUGGUUUUGGUUUCCUUGCAGCAGAUGCAAGAGCAGAGGCUGGUUGCAGAUCUCAUCAACUACAAUGCUGUGCUUUGCGCACUCAAAGACGCCUCGCAGUGGCAAUUGUCGCUGCACAUGUUGACAGAGAUGUUGACAACGAGUGUCAUCCCUGAUGUGAUCAGCUACAGCGCUACGAUGAGCUCUUGUCAGAAGGCUUCACAUUGGCAAGUGGCCUUUGACCUCCUAGCAGACAUGACAAAAGCCACUGCAACUCCUGAUGUAAUGUUCUUCAACUCGGCUAUCAGCUUGUUUGAGGAGCUCUCGCAAUGGCCAAUGGCCUCGGGCUUCUUGCGGCGCAUGGCAGUCGCCGGGAUCCGCACAGACAUGGUCAGCUACGUCAGUGGCAUUGGUCCGAGCUCUGAAGAAUCUCAAUGGAAACAAUGUGCCUUGCUCUUCCAGGAAGUUGUGAGAGUAAGCAUUCGUCAAAGCCUUAUCGGCUACAAUGCUGCCACUGCUGCACUUCGAGAACAGUGGCAGAUCUCCCUCCAUCUUUGGGAUUUGAUAUGGACGAAGCAAAUCGCUGCAGAUAACACCAGCCUGAGUUCCGCCAUCAGUGCUUGUGAUACUGCAAGCCAAUGGCGUUUUGGCUUGAGCUUGGCGUCAGACUUGCACACUGAAAACCUUUUGAACCCAGAUAUUGUUUUAUGGAAUACGGUGGUGGCCACCUGCAUGGAGGGAUCCCACUGGUCGCUAUCAUUGCAAGUGAUGAAGGACAUGCCUAAGUCGAAAGUAGAUCCAGAUGUUGUCACCGUCAACACCGCAGCCAAUGCUUGUGCCAAAGCAGCUGAAUGGCAGCAUGGUUUGGAUCUCUUGGACCAGAUGACGCAGGGAGAUGUUUGCCCAGAUGCAUUGACCUACACCGCUUUAAUUGGUACGUGCCAGCAAGACGAACAAUGGCAACUGGCGCUGACUUUGCUGCAACAAAUGCUGCAAGAGAAUGUGGCUCCGGACCUGCAAUGUUUCAAUGCCUUGAUCAGGUCUUGUCUGCAAUGCUCGCAGUGGAUGAUAGCCUUGGACCUUUUAUCCAUCAUGAAAGAGUUUGGUCUUAGGCCAGAUCGUUCCACCUACAUCGUGGCCAUGCAGGGGUCGAAUUGA